UUAUACUUGGGUCAUUCAUUUAUAACGCUCCGUCUAUUUCUGCGCCUUUCUGAUCUCCUUUCCCACUUACCUUACCCCCCAGCGAAUGUCUCGUGACUGAAAUUAUAUUCCGGCGGGUUUUCCCCUGCAAAUCUCCUCUCUAACCGGAAUUCGACACUUCCCGGCCGCCGAUCGAGAUACUUUCGCAGGCAUGAGCAGUCUCCACCCCAGCAGCGUCGACACAGUAAACGCCGCCGCCACCGCCAUUGUCACCGCCGACAGCCGAGUUCAGCCCACUUCCCUUCCGAAAAGUGGAUGGGGAAGCUGGUGGAGUCUCUACUGGUGUUUUGGUUCAUACAAACAUAAAACCAAACGGAUCGGUCACGCCGUCCUUGUGCCUGAACCGGCGGCGCCCACAGCCUCAGCUCCGGCGGUUUCCGGGACUCAACAAAGUCGUUCCUCCGCAACCAUCGUGUUUCCCUUCAUAGCUCCUCCCUCCUCCCCUGCAUCUUUCCUCCAGUCUGAUCCCCCUUCCGCCGCCCGAACGCCGCACGGAUCUCUCUCUCUCACCGCCGCGAUAUCGAUCAGCGAUGCCUUUUCUACCUCCGCCGCCGCCUCGGCUUUCGCCAUCGGUCCGUACGCUCACGAGACUCAGUUAGUCACGCCGCCGGCCUUUUCUGCCGUCACCACCGAACCAUCCACCGCGUGUUUCACGCCCCCGCCGGAAUCCGCCCCAAUGACGACACCGCCCUCACCGGAAGUCCCGUUUGCUCAGCUUCUGACGUCGUCGCUCGCGCGCAACCGCAGAAGCCAAGUGAGGUUCCCGUUGUCGCAGUACGACUAUCAGCCAUACACCUGUCCAGGAAGCCCGAACAGCAACCACUUCUCAACCCGAAAGUGGGGUUCAGAAGCUCAGACCCCAACAGGUUGGGGUUCCAGGCUAGGCUCUGGAGCUCAGACCCCAACAGGUUGGGGUUCGAGGCUAGGCUCUGGAGCCCAGACCCCAACAGGUUGGGGUUCAAGGCUAGGCUCGGGAGCUCAGACCCCGAACGGUGGCCUCUCAAGGCUCGGUUCAGGAGCCAUGACCCCUAAUAACGGCGGCGAACCUCCGUCACGAGACAACUAUUAUGUCUUGGAGAACCAAAUCUCCGAGGUGGCUUCGCUCGCCAACUCGGACGACGAUGCCGAGUCCCAAGGCGACAAUGACAAAACUACCCUCCAUCACAGAGUGUCCUUCGAGCUGACAGGCGGCGAGAUUCCCGCAAUGCCGCCGCCACAUCAUCAUCCCACGUCAGCAGAACCGGCUCGCUCGACCGGUGUGCCGAUGAGCAAAGACUUCGAUUUUGACAACGUUAAACCACAAGUGUUGAGCAAGGCCGGCGUUGACUGUGAGUGGUGGACGAGCGUUGACUUCUUUCCUCUACAACAGCAGCCCAAAGUCAGCUGAUACCGAUUACUAUAUGCUUACUUCAUUGGUCUCAAAAAAGGACAUCACAGGUAACAUUGCAGUUUGUGAAACUACAAAGCAUAGAAUUAAUGAGAGUGAAAAGGGAUACUCUGUUUUUUUUUUCUUCAAAUUUUUUGUUUCAAGGCUGUGAAUAAAACCACACAUGAUUUGUAAUGACUAAUGAUUGUACCAUUGAAUGACUUUUUUUUUGAGAGUGAAAUCAGUGAAUAUUAAAGUGAUGAAAUAGGU